AUGUCCAGAAUCCCCACUCUGAUCAUCAUCAUCUCACGUCGUUCUCCUUCUUCAAGCCAUUGGAAAUCAAGGACGCCAUUGAUUCUGUCGUCGAUCCUCGUUAAGCAUUGUCAACACAAACCAGAUCGCAAAGAAUUCACGAAAGUGGCGGUACGCAAAUCAAUAUCGCAGUCUGAGUCCGAGUCAGUGACGUCCAAAGGCCUUCUCCUGCUGGAGUAUCGCUGUGAAAGAUGGGACAGCAUUGGAGAAAGAAUGGAGAAAGCAUGCGUAGUAGUGGAUGACAGGCUUUUCGUAAUUGGUGGUCAAGAAGGUGAUUUCAUGGCUAAACCAGGAUCUCCCAUUUUCAAAUGCUCACGCCGUAUGGAGGUGGUAUUCAGUGAUGUAUACAUGCUGGAUGAGGAAAUGAAGUGGAAAGUUAUGCCGUCAAUGCCAAAACCCGAUUCCCAUAUUGAGCUUGCUUGGAAAGUGGUUAACAACUCCAUUGUAAUCGUCGGAGGCACCACAGAGAAGCAUCCUGAAACCAAGAAGAUGGUUCUCGUUGGCGAAAUCUUCCAGUUUAACCUCAAUACAAUGAAAUGGUAUGUGAUUGGAAAGUUGCCAUACCGUGUGAAGACAACGCUGGGGCAACGAGACGAAGGUCCAGAUGAUCCAGCGCCGCGUAAGGUAGUUGCAGAGAUGUGGAGAACCAAACUUAUACUGAAUCCGUGA